CUACUUCUUCGCUUUUUUUUAUAAUUGACUUUGUUUUUGUAUAAUUAACUUAGAAAAAAAAAUUUACCAAUUUAGUCCUUGCAGCUCUUUGAUUUGGUUCGUCGUUCUGUAAAAUCACAAACAAUUCAUACUGCUAACGAUUGCGCGUCUACUUAUAAUUUCUGAUGGAUUCCCCUUUAUAACAGCCAUUAUAGACCCAUUUUCGCUUGGUUAGUUCUCUGUGAAGACAAUGGUUGAAAUACAAUUGGAAGAAUUAGGAUCAGAUGAAUUUUCAGAAUAUACGAAAACGUACCUACUGAACCAGAGGCUUGAUUUAUCAGAAGAAGAAGCUGUCGUUAUACACCCCUAUAAAGUUAAAUAUGCAAGGGAGCUUGUAUUGACUAUAGCCGAAAUCCUCUCAUUGGGGCUUUUUAAAUUAUUUCUGUUGUGGUUUCCCCAAUAUAGGGCGUCUUGGACCAGUCAGCCAUGUGGGAUUGAUGACAUAGAAUAUGUGGAAGUAAUUGAUCAAAAAGGCAAUAGCUCCAUAGAGAAGGUUUAUAAACGAUCAUUCAAGGAAACAAUCCCAACCUCAAAUGCACAAUUACCAGUACUAAAAUCCAUCCCAUGUUUCAAUUAUAAAAGUUUGAAGCUUUAUUUGAAUGUGGUAACGGUAGAAUGGGUCAUGCUUUCAUCGGAGGCUCAUGCUUUUCAGUUGUAUGCAUCUCAACUAAAUUAUUUCAAUUGGGGUCUCAAUACACAAACAGUUUCCAAUCUUAGACAGACUUAUGGGCAAAAUUUAUUAAAAUUAGAGGAAAAAAGCAUAAUGCGCAUCCUUAUACAUGAGGUUUUGCAUCCUUUUUAUAUAUUUCAGCUGUUUUCCAUCGUUCUAUGGCUCCUUGACAAUUUUUUUUUCUAUUCCUGUUGUAUUUUUAUGAUUUCGCUAUGUAGCAUAUACUUUGCUAUUAAAGAAUCAAAAGAUUCUGACGCUCGUGUACAUUCCAUAAUUGGCGAGUCCGAUACAUUUACAGUUAUUCGCGAUAAAAGAAAGAAACAAGUGUGUGGAGAUGAAUUGGUAACCGGCGAUCUUAUAUGCUUGACAAAUGACGAACGCAAAACUUGCCCAGUUGAUGGCUUAGUACUUUCCGGUAGUUGUUUGGUAGACGAAAGCAUGUUGACAGGUGAAUCAGUACCUGCUAACAAGUAUGCUCUUGAAGAAUUAUCUUUAGAUUCCUUCAUAAAAAAUGCUUUUAACGUUUUUUCAUCCCAUGUACUUCAUGCUGGAACCAAAUUCUUACAAGUGAAUAGCACGUUGGAAAUGCCUUGCUAUGUAAUUACUAUUCGAACGGGGUUUUCUUCCAGGAGAGGAAAGUUAAUUCGAGAUUUACUGUACCCUAAAAUGAGGGUAUCACAAUUAUACAAAGAUUCGAUGUCUUUUCUAAAGUUAAUGAUUAUCUUCUCUCUUUUUUCUGUCUUUUUUCUAUCCCUAUACCUAUUCAAGUAUAAUGCUCCUUUCAGUCAUAUAAUUAUUCGAUCACUAGAUGUCAUUACCAUUUUAAUUCCUCCAGCAUUACCUGCUACUCUUUCUAUCGGAAUUGCAAAUGCUGUUUAUAGACUCUCUCAAGGAUGCAUCUUUACGUCAAAUCCAGAAUGCAUAUCCACGGCUGGCAAUAUAGAUACUUUCGUUUUUGACAAAACUGGCACUAUCACCGAAGAAAAUGUGCAAUUGUCUCACUCUUAUGUUAAAGAUACACAGAAUAAUUUGGAAGUUGCUCAAAAUGCUCACCAAUUUUCAAUGUCAAAGACACUUAUCUCAAACAUUAGCACUUGCUGCCAAUCUUUACAAAUUGUGGAUGGAAACAUUAUAGGUGAUCCUUUAGAAUUAGCAUUGUUUAAUUAUUUCAACGGAAGGUUUAUAAAUUCGUUUGAAUUUAAUGUACGUCCGCGAGAUGCCUUAUUUACUGUCAUGAAUGGGAAAGACGGCCAAGAAAUUGCCUAUAGUGUUACGCGGUCGUUAGAGUUUGAUCCUGUUUUAAGAAGAAUGUCCGUCAUUGCUGUCGGCAAUAAUAAAAAAACACCAAUGCUCUUUUCAAAAGGUGCGCCUGAAUCAAUUUUGGAUAUUUGUUCUUCGAGGACAAUUCCAAAUAACCUUUAUCACUUAUUAGAGAUACUUUCGUUCAAGGGUUUUAGAAUACUAGCAUGUGCUUGGAAACCUCUCAAAAGUGAAACAGAUUUGCAACAGAUAUCUCGUGGAUCAUUAGAAAGGGAUUUAGUUUUCGAAGGAUUACUAGUCUUUGAAAGUAAAAUAAAAAAAGAAUCACGUAAUGUGAUGAAUGUCCUUAACAAAGCAAACAUGCACAUUGCCGUAUGCUCAGGCGACAGUUUAUGGACGAGUGUGUAUGUCGCUAGACAGUCUGGCGUUUUUGGUUCCUCUUUGUUCGUUUAUGUGGAAGAUAGCGAAGAAAAGUAUGAGCUUAUUCGAUCUACUGACGACGAAGUAAAGUUCAAGUUAUACAAUGUUAAAGAGGAUUGCUAUUUAUCUACUGCAAAACAUACGACCUUUGAUUAUAUACUAAGCGAUGAAAACUCAGCUAUAGCGAUAACUGGAGGAUUAUUGCGAAAAAUCACUGAAAGUUUUGGCGAAGAAAAACUGAGAAGUAUAAUAAAGAAGACAAAAGUUUUAGCCCGGAUGUCGCCGUCUGAAAAAUCCAAAUACGUCGAGCUUUGUAGAGUGUUUCAAAGUAACGUUGGAUUUUGUGGUGAUGGAGCAAACGAUUGUUUAGCUCUCAGACGUUCUGAUGUGAGCGUGUCAUUGUCGGAUACUGAAGCUUGUGCUGCUGCAUCAUUCAUAAGCCAAAAAAAAUCCGUUUUGGAUAUUAUAGCAAUAAUGCUAGAAGGAAGGUGUUCCAUUGUCACCAGCUAUCGUUGUUUUCAAUAUAUGGUGAUGAGCGCGAUAAUCCAAUUUUCAGGAACAAUUCUUUUGUAUUUAAGGAAUUAUAAUUACAAUGACUCUCAGUUUCUAUUUAUGGAUUUAGCAAUCGUUUUCCCUUUGUCGGCUGCAAUGAGCCAUUUCGCACCAAGUGAUAUAAUUACCUCCAACGCACCUUCUUCGACUUUAUUUAAAAAACCAAGCUUAUUCCUCUUGGGAUUACUGUCAGGAGUGGUUUUAUCGUCACAAUGGUUACUGGAUGUGCUCCUUGUAAAGCUUGAUUCAACUUCUCUUCCAACAUGGCAAGCCGGGAAAUCAAAUACAGAAAAUGCAUUAGUGUCUUGCUCUUUUCUAUUAACUUGCCUACAGUAUGUUGGAGUGAAUCUUAUCAUAAAUCGGAAAUCUGAGUUCCUUUCACCUAUAUGGAAAAACAAGCUUUACGUUUCUUCUUCUAUAAUUAUCGGGGUUGUUUGCCUUUUCAUAUGCUUUUUAAACAAUCAACAUUGGGUGUCUAAAGUCUUACACAUUGUUUCAUUACCUAUAUCCUAUCGGUUCAUCAUCGUAUUGUUGGGUACAAUUCCGUUUUUAGUUGUUUAUUUAUUCUUAUAAUAAAUGGAAAAGGUCCUCAUUCAAGAAAGUUUAAUCUGUAAAUAGAAAUGCAUUCACAAACUCCA